UUUAUUAUUAUUAUUAUUAUUAUUAUUAUGUCUGAAUUAGCAGCGGAGCUUGUGUUCAUCCCCUCGCCGGGGCUGAGCCACGUCAUCCCCACCAUCGAGGCCGCCAAGCUCCUCCUCGCCCGCGGUGGCGGCGAUGAUCGGCGCUGCCGUCUCAGUAUCACUGUCCUUAUCGUGAGGCUCCCUGAAAAAGGAGAUGAACAAAAAGACAAGAUGUUGUCCGAAAUCAAAGAAACAAUCCCCGACAUCCGAUUCAUCGACUUGCCUUUUGACCAUAUCGUCCCCGGCGCCGACUCCCCGACUUUCCGAUUCACCUAUAUCCUUAGCCGCGCCGACAAGAUCAAGCAAAUAUUGUCCGAUUUGAUCGAGAAGCCUUCCGUCCCCGGCUCGCGCCUAGCCGGCCUCGUCCUCGACAUGUUUUGCACCAAUCUUAUUCAGGUAGGUGAAGAGUUGAGCAUUCCAUCCUACGUGUACUACACUGCUGGAGCAUUCAGUCUUGGCGUGUAUUACGACAUCGUUUCACUCAAAUUCGAACAAAAUCAGGACCUGGCACAGUACAAGGAUUCCGACACACAAGUCUCCUCGCGAUGCGCCUCACAGCCUCUCCCCGCCAAAGUACUUACUCGCAUCUUCGUCAACGGCAGCCCUCUCGGAGAUAUCUUCCUCCAAUACUUCCGGAAGUUCGCCUCUGCCAAAGGAGUUCUCAUCAACACCUUCUACGAACUCGAAUCCUACGCCGUCGAUUCUCUGUCCGCUCAUUACAAAAGCUACCCAAAGGUUUACCCGAUCGGACCCAUUCUGAAGGACAAUCAGGGCUCCGGCGAUCCGUCGGUAGACGAUUUGAUGACGUGGCUAGACGAUCAGCCGGAGGAGUCGGUGGUGUUUCUGUGCUUCGGGACGAUGGGGGCGUUCGAAGGAGCUCAGGUUCGGGAAUUCGCCGAGGCUCUGGAAGGUUCCGGAAGUAGGUUCGUGUGGUCGUUGCGGAAGCCGACCUCGUCGUUGCUUCCGGGCGAGUACGGCGACUACGGCGAGGUUCUGCCGGAGGGUUUUCUGGAGCGGACGGCGGGGGUGGGGCGGGUUAUCGGGUGGGCGCCGCAGGUGGCGGUGCUGGCGCACAGGGCGGUGGGGGGAUUCGUGUCGCACUGCGGGUGGAACUCGGUGCUGGAGAGCGUGUGGCACGGUGUUCCGGUGGCGGCGCUGCCGCUGUACGGAGAGCAGCAGAUAAAUGCAUUCGAGCUGGUGAGGGAGUUGGGGAUGGCGGAGGAGAUAAGGAUUGAUUACAGGAUAGAUAUCGCUGGCCAGGAGAAGGCGGAGAUUGUCCCGGCGGGGGAUAUCGAGGCGGCGAUCCGGCGGUUGAUGGCGGCGGACGGCGGCGCGAGGGGGAGAGUGAAGGAGAUGCAGAGGAAGAGCCGAGAGGUUUUGAAGGAAGAGGGGUCGUCGUACGCUUCGCAAGUGGAGUUUUUCCAGGAUGUGUUGAGAAGCGUCGGAUUGGAAUAAUGAUUUGAAUUAUGACCGUUGGAUUUGGGUCUUGCAUUUACUGGAUUUUACACCCUUAUCAUUUUAGGCAUGUGCUCACGUAAUUUGUGUUUGUGUUUGGUCCUGUUUUUAAAUUCUUAUGCUACCAUAUGUAUUGGCAAAAAAUUAUGGUUAUGUUCUUUUUAGAGUUGAA